AUGAGGUCGUAUAAAGUCAAUGAUGUCAGCACAGACAUUCCACCCAUUUAUUUACAGCUGUGGGGUGAGGAUUGUGCCGGCCUGCAGCUGAUUGGGCUGGUGGACCCAUCUCCCUUUCGGGUUUGGAGGAGCUCAGGAUGGAAGGUUAGGUUCGCAAUGGUUGUCACAGUGAUAUGGUGUGCAACUAUAUAUUACAUGACCAAAGGAAACUAUGGAACAAGGUGGCCAAGGUCAUAUCAGAAUAUCAGAGGCAGAUGCACCCCAGGAGUCGUGGCUUCUAGAGCAGCUGCUGUUAUCAGCAAUUAUUCCAACGGUCAUCCGGUAUUUCUUCAGCUCAGCGAAUAUUUCUGGGUGACGAAACAGUCCAACUUAUCCCUGCCGUGUGGCACAAAGGGCAGCGAAGAUACAAUAAUGCAGGUGCUCGCUGUUACAAAUUAUUACCACCUCCCACAAGAGAUUGAAAGGUUGCAGUGCAAGCGUUGUGUUGUGGUUGGGAAUGGAUACCGCAUGAAGGACAGCGUUCUGGGUGACAUUAUUAAUACAUACGAUAUAGUGAUCAGGAUGAACGAUGCUCCCGUCCACAAAUAUGAGAAAGAUGUUGGCAGCAAGACAACAUUGCGCUUCUUUUACCCAGAAUCUGCUUUUUCCGACCCAGCACUGGACAACAAUCCAGACACAUUGAUGGUACUGGUGCCAUUCAAGAAUAAUGAUGUGCUGUGGAUGAAAACCAUAAUAAACGAUGAAAAAAGGCUGAAACAGGGCUUCUGGAGGAACCCUCCCAUAGAAUGGAAUGUGAAUCCUCAGAACAUCAGGAUUCUAGAUCCUUAUUUCAUGGAAUUUGCUGCCACAAAUCUACUUGGAGAGAAUAAGAAAACCAAGAAUCCGAAGGCGAAACCCACCACCGGCUUCAUGGCAAUCUCUUUUGCGAUCCACUUCUGUGACAUGGUCCACAUUGCAGGCUUUGGUUACCCAGACUUGAAUGAUACGCAGCCUUUCCACUACUAUGACAACAGCAGUAUAAAAAUAUCGAAGGAUUCUGGACACAAGGUACCCCUGGAAGCAAUAGCAAUAAGAAAUCUCCUUCAGCAUCACGUCAUUCAGAACCUGACCUACUUCUGA